AUGGCCUGGCGCAUGGAGAUUUUUUGCAAGAUGAUGGAAUCGCGAAGGAGAAUAGCUCACGCCGCUCUGCUGGUGGCCGAGUUCUGCGUCGCCGUUACCGCCCUUGCACUCUGUCUCUGGGGCUAUCCUGACCGGUUUCGCUCCAGGCUCUGGGAGAACGGAGGCGCCCAGGGCUGGAACUCGGACCCGAAACAGCGGAUCUACUACUAUGCCAACUACGAGGAGCCGCCGGAGGUACCCUUGAUCUGGUCGCAGAGGUUGACAAACUCGCAGCUGUGUAUCGCAGCUCUGUCCUUCGUCAUCUUCAUUAUUCGUGCUGGAAUGCAACCGCUCGGAUACCUCCCUCGUGCUGCCUCUAUCAUUUACGAUAUUCUACUUUCCUCGCUCUGGAUAUGGGUCCUGGUGGGACAGAAUUCGGCAGACUACUCGGAUUCUAAACACCCAUCCUCGCAUCCCUGGUACUUGGAACGUUGCUGUGGCGAAAGCUGGAGCUCGACGAGACUGGCGUGUCACGUAGCACGGGCGAACUUUGUCGUAUCGAUCCUUGCCGCUAUCAUCUACACAGGCCGUCUGACCCUCGAGGCAGCGACAGAGACUUGGGAGAGGUGGGGUUGGAAGAAGGAUAAGGGUUGGAAGGUUUUAGUCAACGGGGAGCCAUACGCGGAUGACGAGGAGAUGGAUAUUAUUGACGAGGAGGAGCAGACGCGACAGAUAUACGAGGCGGCGCUGAGCCCGGUCCUCGCAUUCUUUCCAGAAAGCGUACGAUAG